AUGACCAAAAUACCCAUGCUUAUUAACAAAACCCACAAAGUCUUCACAGGUCUCUCUCUUCUCGAACAAGAAGCACAGCCACCACCAUCUCACCUCCGCCACCAUCUCAGCCACCACCACCAUCUCACCUUCGCCACUUCUCACCUCCGCCACCAUCUCACCCACUACCACCAUCUCACCUCCACCACUUCUCACCUCCACCAGGCACCCCCAAACACCAAAACACUGAAACCCACAUCCACCACCGGGCAGGCCACCACCACCGCCGGUAACCACCACACCAGCCUCAUCGCCCUUGCUGCUUCACACCACCACAAGCAUCGCCCCACCGGAGGACGUCACCGGACAAACGGAUCUGCCGACUCCAACGAUUCACGAUUCAACUCGUCGCCCUUGCUGCUUCACACCGUCCGACCUAUUGUCAGAUCUGAAUAUUCAUUGCUGGAGGUCUUUUGA